AAUUUUAUUUGUAUCAAACAACAAAAAUGGCAGGUUUUUCCGUACUAGUUUUCUCAUUAAAUCUAAACCCCUCAUUCACUUCGAAAUAUCCAUGUUCCAUUCACUCUCUGAAACUCCCAAAGUUACCUUCAAAGCCACUUGUCAUUGCUACUUGCUGUACAGCAACUCCUUCACCAACUCCAUCUCCUUCACUCCCUCAAGAUUCUGACCAAAACCCACCUCAGACUUCCCCUGACGGGAACCGGGAUCGUCGGAAAGUAUCAAUUUAUGUUUCUGAUUUUGUAUAAGGGUCCUUUUUGGUUUUGUUUGAACUUUUUGUAGCUCUGGAUGGGGAAGGUGGAGGUUUUGUGCUUUCAUGUGCACCACCGCACUGUCGUAGAGCCUUUACUUCAUCCAGAAGGGGCUAAACCUGGCAAGUGCGUUUCAUUUUCAGGGAUUGAUGGAAAGCCAGAAGAUGUCCUAAAUCCAGGGAGGCAGUUGGAGAAAACAACACUGUAUUGCGCUUUUCUGAAUUUGGGGAUUCGAUCUAUGGGUCUCGUUUCUGUUAUCACUGUCAGUUUUUUAUUUAGCCUGCUAUAUCUUGCUUCAGGGUUUAAGUUUUUGGAAUAUCCGCACUUCCUAAUCUUUAACUAGUUUUUUUCUCAAUGUGUUCCUUUCAGUAGUUUGUUUUUUUAUAUGAUUCUUUUUGCACGUGUAUUAAACAAUUGAAAAAUUAAAUAAAAUAUAAAAUUUUACUUUGGUUGCCAUUAGAUAAGGUUCAUAUUAAUAUCAGAUGUAAUUCAAAUUAGAUUGGAUUAGUGGUAAUCUCGAGGCUAAUUGCACUCGAUUAGAUGGGGUGUCAAACUAAAAUGUUAAUAAACAAAAAAGGGUAAGGUUAAAAAUAUCCAAUUAAGUCUAGCAUUUAGCAUAUUUUCCCUAUUAAGGAUAGUAGCUUUUGUUUAGUGCUGGGAUAUUGUUUACAACCCAGCUUUAGCCAGUCAAAUAAGAUUCCCCAUAGAACAAAAAAUUAAAGCUUCAUAAUGAAGAGAAAUAAUGUCACAAAGGUGUGUCAUGCAUCAGAAUUCUGGUUGUGCCCUUGAUUGUGUGCGUAGACCAGAAUUCAAAGGAAUGGGGGCAGGCAAUUUGAAGUGGGAAAUGAAAGAUAGCAAGCUACCACCACACACCUGUCCUUUGUUGCUGGAUUAGUGGGGUUCCUAAGCAACAAUCAAGAAUGUCAUUAACUUGUAUAAUACAAAGAAUUUGCACUUUCACAAAGGGGAAAAUAUCCCUAAUGUCGUGUACAAAUUAGAACUUCCUAACACGUACUGAUGUACGUUGACAGGAUGAUUCCUCCAUCAAAAAAAAUAAAAAUAAAAUUUCGAUACGCGAUCGAGUUUAACUUUGAGAACAUUAUGAUGGAUUAAUAUUCUGUUUGCGACAUACCCAAUUCUUUUUCUUGUGAGAAAAAGUUGAUAAAGGGAAGAGGAAGAGAGGGGUUUGGUGACAGAACAUAUUCUUGACUCUGAUUUGUUGAUCUGACAAUGAUCAAACAACACAACACUGUUAUUGUCAUCUAAAAGGCUAAUUUUGUACCUUUGUGAAGAGCAUCAUUUUGGAGCUCAUAUGUGUCAUAAGGUAACAAAAAUGGGAUGUUUGUUUUGGACCAAGACACAUGUCGAGGUCCCAUUUGACGAUGACCUUUCCAAGUUGGGCAUUUUUAUCCCUUAAUCACUGAUUAAACAAAGGUGAUAAGCCUGCAGUCAUCUCUUGAUCCACCCAUUGUCCCAAAUCCUGGAAAAGGAGAUUUCCCAAUCCUUAAAAUUGAGUUUGGAUGAAGAGAUUGAGGAAUGUUAGUAUGAUAAUGAAUUUGAUUGAUUUGCCAACCUUCAACUGGAUUGCAAUGCACAAAUCUGUAAGCUGAUUAUGGCAUUUGAUUGUUCCAUUUUCGUAAGACACCUGUGGAAGUUUAAGUUGUUUAUUUUGUGCUGCUAAUCAGGGAAUGGGCCCACAAAAGCUGGAGGGAGGAUUCAAUGCAUAUUUCUAUAAUCGGUACAUAUUUGUCUAGUUCAGUAGUAGAUGAAAGUAAAAAAUAUG